GUUGAGUCGGAUGUUAUUCAGUGAAACACUCACCGAAGGCGGUUUGCUUGCAAUGCUGGACUGUAGUGUCCAUGUAAACCCAUAUAGUUUCUGCCUUGUGUUUUAGAAGAUGGCUGUUACUUUGCACACAGACCUUGGUGAUAUUAAAAUAGAGUUGUUUUGCGAGAAGGCCCCAAAAAGUUGUGAAAAUUUUAUUGCACUCUGCGCUAGUGGGUUUUACAAUGGAUGUAUUUUUCAUCGAAACAUAAAGGGCUUUAUGGUCCAGACUGGAGACCCAACAGGUACAGGCAAAGGAGGGACCAGUAUUUGGGGAAGAAAGUUUGAAGAUGAAUUCAGUGAACAUCUAAAACACAAUGUCCGGGGUGUGGUGGCCAUGGCCAAUAACGGACCAAACACAAAUGCAUCACAGUUCUACUUCACAUAUGCAAAACAGCCUCAUCUGGACAUGAAGUACACGGUUUUUGGAAAAAUUAUAGAUGGACUAGAAACUCUGGACGAGCUAGAGAAAGUCCCAGUGAAUGAAAAGACUUUCCGUCCUCUUAAUGAUGUCCACGUUAAGGAUGUUACAAUCCAUGCAAACCCAUUUGCUGGUUGAUUGAUUUCUUUGUAAAACAUUCAUAACGGAUAAUACAUUGUGUUGUAAAUAUAAAUAUUUUGUGCAUCUUUUUUUCCCCCAAUUCAUCAGUCAGUUUUAUCCGAUUUCAUAAGUUUGUACAUGCAGGCUUGCCUCUUUGCCUGGUAAUCUUCUUUCAUUGUGUUUUAUGUAUGGUAUUUUUUUAAAUAAAACAUUUAAUUGAUAGAA